CUAGCUUCGUCCAAUCAGAGCGUCGUAGCGCUGAGCGAGCCAGGAUUGGAGGUGGAGAGGAGGGAGAGUAGUUGUGCGGAAAGCGGCUGUUAGGCUCCAGUCACUGCGCUUCCUCCCGAGCUCUAGCGAUCGGCAGAUUCUUCUUCUUCUUCCACAGCAGUUCCAGGGCGAGGCCGUCACCCCGAAAUCACCAUGCCUAAGAGAAAGUCCCCAGAGGGAGCUGAAUCCAAGGAUGCUGGCAAAGUAACUAAACAAGAGCCCACAAGAAGAUCGGCAAGACUGUCGGCAAAACCUGCCCCUUCUAAACCUGAAGCAAAGCCAAAGAAAGCUGCAGCCAAGAAGGAGCCAGGCACAAAGGCAAACAAAGGUGCUAAAGGGAAGAAGGAAGAAAAACAAGAAGCUGGAAAGGAAGGUACUGCUCCAUCUGAAAAUGGUGAAAAUAGAGCUGAUGAGGUACAUUUCAAAGAUUGAUUCAGUGGUGGUGUAUUUAUUUAGCUGUACAACCAU